AUGAAUAUCAAGACACCUCUAAGUCCUCCUAGGUCUAAUAAAAUACUCAACCAAAUACAGCAGCAUAGUCAACUGAUUGCUCACCUAUCAAAAGAACACAAACCUCCUGCUGAUUUCAGUUUCAGAAAUGAUACAUUCAAAAAAACAUCAUCAUCUCCUUAUAAAGUGGAAGUUAAAAAAUCAGAAGUCACAAAAAACAUUUUAAUGAAUUUUCCAACUUAUCCUAAAAAUAGCUCAAAAUGUACCAGUUCCUUGCAGAUGAACUCAUCUGAUUAUGUGGGCCACUCAAACCCGUUAUUUCAUGAAAAUGACAAAAGUGAUGGUACAUUGGAACCUACUAAAGAGAUUGCUGUUACCUCAAAUUCUGAAAAGGUGUUUGCUGAAUUAGUUCAGUUGGAAUCUGUUCUGCUCUCGUCUGUCACAAGUAAUGCCAUAACAAACAAGUCAGAAACUGGUUCAUCAAAUGAGUCCCAACGUAAUUGUUCAACUCCAGAUAAAUCAUUGUCUUGCGUUUCAACUAAAUCCACCAACACAGAUUCUGUUAAUAAUGAAAAUGAUUCAAAAUCUAUGACUCUCCAUAAUAUGACUUCAGAUGGUAUAAAGGAAACAAAGCACAUUUCUCAUAGAUCUACUAGCACUGAUGUCACAAAGAAAACAAAAUGUGCUGAAAUUGAUGCAAGUUGUAACAGUAAAAUAUCUCAUGUCAGUUCUGCUGCAGCAACAACUGCAGAUGUUUUGUACUGGAGGAACAAGUGUUUUGAACUGGAGAACAUUUUAAAAGGAUACCAAGAGAAGGCUGCAAUGGUCAGGAGACUUUUCAACCAAAAGAUGCAACAAAAUGAAACAAAACUUCAAGAGAUUCUAAGCAGAGCUCAGCAGGCAGAACAUGAGAUUUCAUCACUUAAUAGCACCUAUAAAGAGUAA